GUACAAAAAGACCAAAGGGCAGCAUCUCAGCAGUGUGACUAGCUGUUGAACAAUGGCAGGAAGUUGGUGUGCUGUUCAGUCUCUGGCACUUUGUGUUUGGUUCUGUGCUUUCUGUCAUGCUGUUCCGAAGUGGAGUGAUCUGCCCCAGAAUCCUCAAGCUCUGAUGUUCCGGCAAACUGACCAGCGGUUUCAGAAGCCAGUUCAACAGCAAGCUAGUCAAUGGUUUCCUCAGCAGGUUCAAAAGCCAGUUCAACAGCAAGCUAGUCAACGGUUUCCUCAGCAGGUUCAACAGCAAGCUAGUCAAUGGUUUCCUCAGCAGGUUCAAAAGCCAGUUCAACAGCAAGCUAGUCAAUGGUUUCCUCAGCAGGUUCAAAAGCCAGUUCAACAGCAAGCUAGUCAACAGUUUCCUCAGUCAGUUCAACAGCAAGCAGGUCAACAGUUUCCUCAGUCAGUUCAACAAGCUAGUCAACAGUUUUCUCAGUCAGUUCAACAACAUGCUAGUCAACAGUUUCCUCAGCAGGUUCAAAAGCCGGUUCAACAGCAAGCUAGUCAACAGUUUCCUCAGUCAGUUCAACAGCAAGCAGGUCAACAGUUUCCUCAGUCAGUUCAACAAGCUAGUCAACAGUUUUCUCAGUCAGUUCAACAACAUACUAGUCAACAGUUUCCUCAGUCAGUUCAACAAGCAGGUCAACAGUUUCCUCAGCAGUUUCAGCCUAAGCAGCCAGUGGCAAAGGCAGAACCACUUGACAAAUGUACUGUAGCUGAUUAUGAGCAGAUCCAAUGUGGACCACCUGGUAUCAGUGGUGCUGAGUGUGCUGCUAUCAACUGCUGCUUUAAUGGACAGCAGUGUUACUAUGGGAAGGCAGUGACUGUCCAGUGUAUAAGAGAUGGUCAGUUUGUGGUAGUGGUGGCGAGAGAUGUUACGCUGCCUCGAUUGAGCCUGGAUUCAGUCCGUCUCCUGGGUGGAAAUGAUCCAGCUUGCAGUCCUGUGGGAUCCACACCUUUCUUUGCUAUAUACCAGUUCCCCGUCACUGGAUGUGGCACAAGCAUGAUGGAGGACAGUGGAUAUGUGGUGUAUGAAAACAGAAUGACCUCCUCAUAUGAAGUGGGUGUCGGACCACUUGGUUCCAUCACAAGGGACAGCCAUUUUGAGCUUCUCUUCCAGUGUAGGUACUCUGGUACCUCUGUGGAAGCUCUGGUUGUGGAGGUCAACACCGUUCCUCCACCUCCACCAGUAGCUGCUCCUGGACCCCUCAGGGUGGAGCUUAGACUGGCAAAUGGUCAAUGUGUCACCAAAGGCUGUGCAGAAGGGGACGAGGCGUACACGUCCUACUACAGUGAUGCUGAUUAUCCAGUUACAAAAGUCCUGCGGGAGCCUGUGUAUGUUGAGGUGCACAUUUUGGAGAGGACCGACCCCAACAUUGUCCUGAUGCUGGGACAUUGCUGGGCGACAUCAACCCCCAGUCCACUCAGUCUACCCCAAUGGGAUCUUCUGGUUGAUGGAUGCCCUUACCAGGAUGAUCGUUACCUGACCACAUUGGUUCCAGUGACUGGGUCAUCUGGUCUUCAGUUCCCGAGCCACUACAAGCGCUUUGUUGUGAAGAUGUUCACAUUUGUAGAUCCAGCAUCACUGGCUCCUCUGCAGGAAACCAUCUUCAUCCACUGUAGUACAGCGGUGUGCCAUCCCUCCUCUGGCUCCUGUGAGCAAAGCUGCACUAGGAAAAGAAGAGACACGCACGUCAAGACCAUCUCUAGUGGGCAAACUGUGGUGUCUAGUGGAGAAGUUAACCUGGUCAAGUGAAUUUUAGUGUUUUAAUAAACUUCAUGAAACUCAA